AUACUUUCCCUACCCACCGCACGCAAGGACCGCCCAUUGAUCGCCAAACCACAGGCAGCCGCGGCAGGCGGCGCAGUGAGACGGGUAAGACAGCCAUUGCUGCUUCUCCCUUCUUAUUGCGUUGCGACUUAUUUGCCAACUAUAUUAAUUUUUAUCUUGGUAACUAUUGCGAAUUUUGAAAAAUGGUAAAGAACUUUUCUUCUCAGUUUUACUUGUUCUAUCAACUCACGAAAGUAUAAACAAAUAUUUUGUGACACCCUGUAUAAUAUAUUAGAAAGCGCCAAAGUAUUAUAGUUCAUUUAAUUGCGCGCAAUUAUUAAACGCGAAUUUGUUAUGUGUUGGAAUGAAAUUAUUUAACUGUAAAAUUCUUGAAAAUAAAAAUACAAAAGAAUUUGAAAUAAAAUAGAGCAAUCAAAAUUUACACGCAAAAUAUAUUAGAACAAAAAAUUUACAAAUGUUCCACAGCUGUAUUUAAGUUUUUACGGUUCACAUGUACAAGACUAUAGUGAAUGAAUUCCGCCAUAAUGGAAUGUUUUUAUUGGUUAUUUCCAUAACUGUAAAGAAAUAAGCAUAGGCAUUUAUGAGUUACAUAUUAGCUGUAAUAAUAUUUAUUAACAAAAUAUUUUAUGCAUAAAGAUUUACGACACCACACACGUAUAUAGGAAAAAAACUGCAUUAUUAUAUAUACACACAUUGGUAUAAAUAAAUCUUUUCCUGUAAAUGAAAUUUUGAAAAGGUUUUAAGUUUUAUUAACGCCGUAAAAUCGAAGAAAGUUUUAUUUCAAAACUUGUAUCUUUUUAAUACAGAAAAAUGUUAAUACCAUUGGACAGCUUUCAAAAUUCUGUACAUUUACGAAGGUAUCAUGCUUCAUUCAGAAGUUAUAGCAAAAAAAUAAAAAUUUGGCUAUUUUCAAUUUUGGUUGAUUUCAUCUCUUAAACAUUUUUGAUUGCCGAUAAAAAAUACGUAUCAAGUAUUUUUACCCCCUCCACCAAGUUUUAUUAAAAUAGGAAAGAGAUACCUGGGAUCCUUUUCUUAUAAACAUGGCUAAAACACAUACCACUAAUAAAGCUCCGCGAAAGCAGGGCUUUAAGCGUUCAGGACACAGUAUGAAUCCUGAACGUCCUACAGAAGGGUUAAAAGGAGUCGCUAAGGUACGAACAAAAGCGACUAUCAAAAGGUUGCAGAUGUAUCGCAAUCAGAAACCGAAACGUAAUCGUACUGGAAAAAUCAUUAGUCCAGCACCGUUUCAAGGCUGGAACGUUUCUGGAACCAUGUCGCAUGUGGAGCCAUCCCAAAAGUGGUUUAGCAAUUCAAGAGUUAUCUCGCAAAAUGCUCUGCAAAAAUUUCAAAAUGAAUUAGGAACUGCCUUGAAGGAUCCCUAUAAAGUCGUCAUGAAACCCACUCAAUUGCCUGUAACUUUACUUCAGCAGAAGGCAGCAAACUCAAGGGUACACCUGCUGGAUACGGAGAGUUUCGAAAGCGUUUUCGGUCCAAAGAAGCUUAGAAAAAGACCGAAUUUAGCAGCAACGUCGUACAACGAAUUGAAGAAAUUAGCGGAGGACAAGGAAGAUGCUUAUAAUAAGGAGAAAGACAAUAAAGAUUAUGACCUUGUUCGUGAGGAUACUGGUGUAAGAGAUGCACAGAGAGACUGGGUUAUGGCGGCAGGACAAAGCAAACGGAUAUGGAAUGAAUUAUACAAAGUUGUUGACUCCUCCGACGUUAUUCUGCAGAUAUUGGACGCGAGAGAUCCGAUGGGAACUAGAUCGCUUCCCGUGGAGAAUUAUUUGAAAACCGAGAAACCUUACAAACACUUGAUAUUUAUCCUAAAUAAAGUGGAUCUGGUGCCGACAUGGGUUACGCAGAAAUGGGUGGCGAUUUUGAGCAAGGAGUAUCCAACGGUUGCCUUUCACGCUUCUCUGACACAUCCCUUUGGCAAGGGUUCCCUGAUAAAUCUGUUGAGACAAUUUGCAAAGUUGCACGUUGAUAAAAAGCAGAUCAGUGUUGGUUUCAUCGGGUAUCCUAAUACAGGAAAAAGUUCCAUCAUAAAUACUUUGCGUUCUAAAAAGGUCUGCAAAGUGGCGCCUAUAGCUGGAGAAACAAAAGUAUGGCAAUACAUAACUCUUAUGCGUCGUAUCUAUUUGAUAGAUUGUCCCGGAGUCGUUUAUCCGUCGUCGGAAACUGACACAGAGAAGGUGCUAAAGGGAGUCGUAAGAGUGGAACUCAUUCAAAACCCGGAAGAUUACAUCGUUACUGUUCUAGAAAGAGUAAAACCCGAAUAUAUUCGUAAAACAUACAAGAUAAACGAAUGGACAGAUCAUGUCGAUUUUUUGGAGAAAUUAGCGCGUCGGAGUGGCAAGCUUCUAAAGAAGGGAGAGCCUGACAUUUCGAUUGUCGCACGUAUGGUACUUAACGACUGGCAACGUGGUAAACUACCUUUUUACGUUCCACCGGUGGACAUUGAAAAACCAUCCAAUCAAACGGCUAAUAAAAAUGAAACAGUUCCACAAGAUGACAUGUUAAAAGAUGUAGCACAUAAUGAGACACAGAAGAUUGAUAAUUUACUUUCACAAGAAGUAAUAAAAAAUCAACCAACAGUGACACAAGAUUUUAGAAAGAUACGCGUUGGAUUGGCUUUUUCAGGCGAUGAUGAUAAAAAGUUAAAGCAAGAUGAAUAUCUCGAUGAAAAUAUUACAGAGAAUGACAGUAGUGUAGAAAGCAAAUCGGAAUUGGAAGAUUUGGAAUCGGAAACUGCGAAAAUAGAAAAUGAUUUAUUUACAUCAAGAGAUAAAUCUAAUGAUUUACAAAAAAUAGAAAAUUUCAGUCAUCAAGACGAUAAAGAAUACUCUUCAAACAAUGAUAACAUAAUCGACGAUGACAAAAAAGAGUCCGAUAUGAAAGAAAAUAAUGCAUAUUCAGAUUCAGAAAUUUUUUUACCUAUCGAACAAGAUAAUCUGAAACAAAAUGUGUUUGACAUCAUAGAUAAGGAAUAUGAUUCCAGUGAUACUGAAAUGAUUCCUUCUAAAAGAGUCUUAAGUAGUGAUAUGCAAAGUGUCUCGUUGACAUCUUGUAAAAAAAUGAAGGAAACAUUAACAAGCAAACAGCGAAGAGCUAUAGAACGCUCUAUUAAAAGGAAAAAGAUUGGAAGCAAUUUCUACGAAGUCACGAAUGUGAAAAAUAGGAAUAAAAACAGGAAAAUUCCCAAAGUUAAGAGGAAAUAAUAAAUUUGUUUUAGAGUAAAUUAUUCUACUCAAAUAUUUAUAAAAUAUAAGGAAAAUUUAACAAAAUGUCAUAAAAUAUAUAUUUUGUAUUUGUCAAAUUUACUAAAUUGUAUAUUCAUU